AUGGUAAUUUGUCGAUAGUGACUAUCGGUGCUUCAAUGAGUUUGAGUGCAAAUAGACACGUUCAAUAAAUAUUGAAGUAUUAGUAUAUGGAUGGCAGUUCCUCAUUCAAAAUGGACAGAUACGGUGACCAUUUCGUUGAUAAUCCCAGCAAUAUUGGCAUUAACCAAAAGCUUAGAGGAGCUCUUGCCAACAAUGCUAACAACAGUUGGCAGUGAGACUUGCGCUUUACUGAUACAAAAAGUUAAAACAAAACUGUUCCCCUAUGAAACAAGGACAGAUCCUAGACUUGGAACUCUGUUAGAUGCGCGAUUUAAGAAGGAGGGCUUUCAAAGUGAUGGCAAUGUUCAACAGGCUGCAAUUAAAUUGGAGAACGAGCUGAGCGGCUUAAAAAAACUAGCACAAAAUCAACCUGAAGAUGAGGAACUGCCAGAGGAUUCACCCUUUCUAUUUAAAUUCAUGGGAAAAAAAGUUGAAGAGAAGCGGUCUAACAAUAGGGCGGACGCAAUAAUUAUGAUGAGGCAAUAUUUUGAACAGCGCAAUGCAGCUCACGAUACAGACCCGCUUCAGUUUUGGAAGAUUAAUGAAAGUCAAUUUGAUGGCCUCAGCCGUUGCGCUACCAAAUACUUAUCGAUCCCGGCAAGCUCCGUAGAAUCGGAGCGCAUAUUUAGCAAGGCGGGUGCCAUAAUAACAGACCGGCGAGCUGCAAUGAAGGAAAAAUAUGUGAACCAACUCAUAUUCCUGCAAAAAAACCAAUGGAUAAACGACGAGACUAAUUAAACUAAAGCUGUGAAAAUAACAAUUUCUUACUUAAGAAACCAUUUGGAAUGGUACAUUUUUUUAUUUCAAAACAUAUUAUGUUUGAUCAAUGAAAUAGGAUCUCUGAAAAAAUUAAUAUUUUAAGUUGCAUUACACACAUUUAAAAACUUAAGAAACCAUUUGAAAUGGUACAUUUUUUUUUAUUUUAAAACAUAUUAUGUUUGUAAAAUA